GGGAAGCGGCGCCAUAUUGGCGGCGGCCGCGCUGUAUUGUCAUAAAUACAGCCGGUUUUGUGGUGUUUUCACUACUCGGUUGGAUGCCUCGGCCGUAGUAAGUAAGAAAGUGAGCGAGCAAGCGAGCUACAAGCGACCGGAGGAAAGUGGACAGGGGGAGAAGGGAACAGCGAGAAUAGGACUCCAGAGCGAAAGAUACUCGCUUGUGAGGGAGACGCAGGAAGCGAUGAAAGAAACGUCUGCGAACACCGUGCUGGAAAGCCAGCAUCAACAAAAGCAUUAUGGAAUCACCUCUCCAAUUAGCUUGGCAUGUCCUAAAGAAAUUGAUCAUAUUUACACACAGAAAUUAAUUGAUGCCAUGAAACCAUUUGGAGUGUUUGAAGAUGAGGAAGAAUUGAACCACAGGAUGGUUGUCCUAGGUAAAUUGAACAAUUUAGUGAAAGAAUGGAUUUCUGAUGUCAGUGAGAGUAAGAAUCUCCCACCUUCUGUUGUGGCUACUGUUGGUGGUAAAAUUUUCACGUUUGGCUCCUAUAGGCUUGGAGUACACACCAAAGGAGCUGACAUUGAUGCACUUUGUGUAGCUCCAAGACACGUGGAGAGGUCUGAUUUUUUUCAGUCUUUUUUUGAAAAAUUGAAACAUCAAGAUGGCAUUAGAAAUUUAAGAGCUGUAGAAGAUGCCUUUGUACCUGUUAUAAAAUUUGAAUUUGAUGGAAUUGAAAUUGAUCUAGUCUUUGCAAGACUAGCAAUACAAACCAUAUCAGAUAAUUUAGACCUAAGAGACGACUCUCGACUGAGAAGCCUUGAUAUAAGGUGUAUUCGCAGCCUAAAUGGAUGUAGAGUUACUGAUGAAAUUUUGCAUUUAGUGCCAAAUAAAGAAACUUUUAGACUCACCCUCAGAGCAGUCAAAUUAUGGGCAAAACGACGUGGUAUUUAUUCCAACAUGCUGGGAUUCCUUGGUGGUGUCUCCUGGGCAAUGCUAGUUGCAAGAACUUGCCAAUUAUAUCCAAAUGCAGCAGCAUCUACUUUAGUUCAUAAGUUCUUUUUAGUUUUUUCCAAGUGGGAAUGGCCAAAUCCUGUGCUGCUGAAACAACCAGAAGAAAGCAAUUUGAAUUUGCCUGUUUGGGAUCCUCGGGUAAAUCCAUCAGAUAGGUAUCAUCUCAUGCCCAUAAUCACCCCUGCCUACCCACAACAGAAUUCUACGUAUAAUGUGUCCACAUCAACUCGAACAGUAAUGGUAGAAGAAUUUAAACAAGGUCUCACAGUCACAGGUGAAAUUCUUCAAGGGAAAUCAGACUGGUCGAAACUGCUGGAGCCACCAAAUUUUUUUCAAAAGUAUAGACAUUAUAUAGUAUUGACUGCCAGUGCAUCAACAGAAGAAAACCAUCUAGAGUGGGUUGGAUUAGUAGAAUCUAAAAUCCGUGUACUUGUUGGAAACUUGGAACGGAAUGAAUUUAUUACUCUUGCCCAUGUAAAUCCCCAGUCAUUCCCAGGAAAUAAGGAAUAUCAUAAAGACAACAAUUACGUAUCAAUGUGGUUCCUUGGAAUAAUUUUUCGGAGAGUAGAAAAUGCAGAAAGUGUUAACAUAGACUUGACAUAUGAUAUACAAUCAUUUACUGAUACAGUGUACAGACAGGCAAACAAUAUAAACAUGCUAAAGGAAGGUAUGAAAAUUGAAGCAACUCAUGUUAAAAAAAAACAACUUCAUCACUAUCUUCCAGCAGAGAUUCUUCAAAAGAAGAAAAAGCAAAGUCUUUCUGAUGUCAGUCGAAGUUCAAGUGGACCUCAAUCCAAAAGAUUAUCUCUGGAUAGCAAUUGUUUGGAUAGUUCCAGAGACACUGAUAAUGGAACACCUUUUAAUUCCCCAGUGUCUACAAACAAGCCUUCCAAGCCUGAUAUUCCUUCUUCAGGGGAAACGGAAAGGGUUAGUGCUGAGCCUGCUGCUGUAAUUGUGGAAAAGCCACUGAGUGUCCCGCCAGCUCAAGGACUAUCUAUUCCAGUCAUUGGUGCAAAAGUUGACUCUGUAGUAAAAGCUGUGUCACCCCCAGCUGUGUGCACCAUUCCUACUGUAGUAGGACGAAAUGUUAUUCCUAGGAUCACAACAUCCCACAACCCGGCCCAGGGACAACCACAUCUAAAUGGAAUGUCAAACCUAACUAAGAAUGUUAUGCCCAAGAGAUCCCAUUCCCCGUCCAUAGAUGGGUCUUCGAAGAGGUUGAAAGACAUAGAAAAGUUUAUUCGACUUGAAUCAAAGCUUAAGGAAUCGCGUGCUGCUGAAAACAGAAAAAGAAAAUCAGUGGAUGCCAUUGGAGGAGAAUGUAUGCCUAUUCCAACUAUUGAUACAUCACGGAAAAAGAGACUACCCAGUAAAGAACUAUCAGAUUCAUCAUCUCCAGUUCCAGCAAACAACAUCCGUGUCAUCAAAAAUUCUAUUCGACUGACCCUUAAUCGGUAAAAGCAGUGCCUCCUUACUUAAGUGAAUAUGCAAUCAUUUAGUGACACAGAUACAGCCACUUUUUUAAAAACAGAAGUGGCUCUCAUACAUAAAAUCAGGUGACAGUUAUAGUCAUCGGCUUAACCUUGAAGAGGUUUUUGAACUUUCACACUUUGACCUGCAGAUGCUGUAGCAUUCUCUCAUUGAUUGCUACAUAUACUUCUCUGAGGAUCACCUGCUAUCGACUUGUCACCUAUAAUACUAUGGCUUUGUGUUGGAGGUUUUACUGCCUUAACUUUUGAUGUUUGUUUCUCUAUUAUGGGAACCAGUUCUUGACUCUUUGGACACUGAUAAAACAAGUCCUGAACUUUUUUUUUUUUUUUUGUCUUAUGUUGUAAUCAUUGUAUAGAACUGAAAAAGUUGAAAACAAAAAAAUUGUCUUGUAAUUUUCCAAAUGUUAACACAUUUACUUUAGCAUUGAAGCCACUUUGUGAAACCUAAGAUUAAUGAAUGUGAGGUAUCUUCUGAUUUCCUCUCUUGUGUAGAUGUACCUAUUGUCUGUUCUGUUGAUUUAAGUUAUUUUUUUCCAGAAUGGCACAUGGAAUAUUUAAAUUUUUAUUUUUUUGUGCCUUUCUGUCCAAAUGUUACAUAGUUAAAACCAGAGAGGAUUAGUCCAGUGAUUACAUAAGAGUUGGGCACCAUAAAUUCUCUAUAUUUUGCCUCCCAUGGAGGCCUUUGAAAUGCAUCUUUAUUAAGAAUCAAAAUAUAACCAGGAUACUGAAAGUCAGUAUAUGAAUGGUGAAAUUAUUACAUAUUCUAUCUCAUGCCAUUCUUAUUAGUUGACUGGUAUUUUUUACUGAGGAGCAACUCAUUCCAGCAUCAACAAUAAGAUAUCUUUAAGUAUGGCAAACUUGUUUUUUUGAGGUGUAAAAUUAAAUUGGCAUGAUAAUUCCUGACCAUUACUUACCCCACAAUUUCACACAUUUUCUUCACGAAUUAGGCAUGCAGAAGUCAGCAGUGGGUUUUAUUGAAACCUGAAGGCAUUUUUGAAUGACAUUGUUACCAACCAUUAAUUGGCUCAGGACCUUUGUAAUUUUUAUUUAACUAUAUGAGUUGUCUUUUUUUACACUGCUUUUUUCAAUGCAUUUCUUAAUAUUUUUUAAGUUUCAUGAUUGCAUGCUCAGUUUAUUAAAAUCCAUAACCAUGUAAUUCUUGUAAUAUGUUGAUUCAGUGUUUUGUAAAUGAAGUCGUAUGUAUUUUCAGAGUAUUUUUGUAUGUACUGUAAGAUACCAUCUUUUCAAAGAGAAAACUUUAAAACCUU